UGUUUAAUAUAAACUUAAUUUAAAAGCAAGACAAUUCUUGAUUAUUCCAUAUUUAACUAGUGAAUUCAGUAGUUUUUAAAUUAUUAGUCACAAUAAUUGUAUAUAUUUUAUAAAGUAAAUCAAUAAUUAGUAUUUAAAAAAUAGCAUAUGUUCAAUGCGGUUAGACAACUUAUAAAUCCACUAAGAAAAUCAGUUUAUUUUUCCAAACUAAAAGUAUUAAAUCACCCAAAAAAUUUAAACAAAGUGUUGAACUAUUUUUCUACUAUGACAAGUGAAAUUACAAUUGGUACUCACGACGGAUGUUUUCACUGUGAUGAAGCAUUGGCUUGUUUUAUGCUCAAGCAAUUGCCUGAGUAUAAAAAUGCAACAGUAAUUCGGUCGAGGAAUAAAAAAAUCUUGGAUCCUUGUGACAUCGUAAUAGAUGUAGGAGGAGAGUACGAUCCGUCAAAACAUCGGUACGACCAUCACAUGCGAGAUUUUAAAGAAACAGCAAGUUCAGUGUUGAAGCGAGAUGAUUGUCCAUGGGACAUCAAGUUGAGCAGUGCUGGUUUGGUCUACUGUCACUUUGGCCACAGAAUUCUAAAGGAAAUGCUACCAGAAGUGAUUGAAGACGCUGACAUCCACAUCAUUUUCAAGCGCGUCUACGAUUCGUUGAUCAAAGAAGUCGACGCUAUUGACAACGGAGUUCCGAUGUUUGACGCAGAACCCAAGUAUCGAAUCGUCACCAACUUGAGCGCAAGAGUUUCCAGGUUGAAUCCUGAAUGGAAUAGUCAAGGUUUAGAUUCUGAUUGUCAGUUUGCUAAAGCUGUAGAAUUAUGUGGAGAAGAGUUCAGGUAUUUUGUUGAAAGCUCUGCUCGUAUCUGGCUUCCAGCGCGCGAGUAUGUUCGUCAAGCUCUUGAGAAGAGAUUUGAGGUUGAUCCGAGUGGUGAAAUUUUUGAGCUCCAAAAAUCAGUGCUGUGGAAAGACCAUUUCUUUGAAUUAGAAAAAUCGAUGAACAUCAGCCCUCCGAUAAAAUAUGUGAUAUUCAAAGAUAACAGUUGGAGAAUCCAAUGUAUUCCAGUUAGUCUUGGAAGCUUCAUUACUCGAUUGGCUUUACCAGAAGAAUGGGCAGGCUUACGUGACGAAGAAUUGACUCGAGUUUCUGGUAUCGAUGGGUGCGUAUUUGUCCACACUGUCCGCUUCAUUGGAGGUAAUGAGACACGCGAGGGUGCUCUUGCGAUGGCUCAAAAAUCAUUGAAACUAAAUCAACUAAAAAAUUUUCAAUGAUAUGAAUUUAAAAAUUUUAAUUAAAUAAAAUUAAACUAGACAAUUUUACACUUUUCUCAUUCCGAAGUUAAAAAAUAAACUUUGAUAAAUAUUUAA